GUCUUAUUCUACCGUCUACGGGGGCCUCCUUCGUCAUCGUGGCUUCGAUAAGCUCAAUCUCAUAGUUGCUGGCCGCAUUGAAACCGCGCUCGAGACACGACGGAGGCCAUACCACUUGCCCCCCUCGGUUCCAGCCUCAGGUCAAACCGUCCUUCCGCUUUCAUCAUGAAGUUCAGCUCGUCCCUCAAGUUCAACGCCGUGCCGGAAUGGUGGGACGACUACAUUGCAUACGAUGCCUUAAAGAAACACGUCUACGAGCUUGAAAAGCGCCAAGUUGGACUUCAACCGUACCGCGACGUGGAUUUGGAAGCGGGAGAACAGGCGCCGCUGGUGGCCAACGGCAGCUCUUCCACCGAUGACGAGUUCAAGCCUCUGCUCGACCGGGAAAUCACGAAGAUAAGCGCGUUCUACGAGAGGAAGGAGAGGGAACUGCUGGCGGAGGCUGCUGAGUUGGAGGAGCUGGUGGAAAAGGAGGAUGAGUUGGGACCCUUGAACCAGAACCGAUACACGGACGACCUCGACGACGACGACGACGACGAAGACGACGACGAGACGGAUAGUCGUGCCGGCACCCGUUCACCGGAAGCGCGCAGGCGGCGGCUGUCGCUCUCCCAAUCUGGACAUCUGGACGACAGCCUGGCGUCCCUCCCGCCGAUGUCAGCCGCGCAGGAGCGCGCAUCCCACCGAGCAGCUUCGGCCUCGUUCUCGCCCACGCGCUCGCCUGCGCCUCGCCGGAAACGUCCGGAUCGUUCCUGGGCAAGCCGGCUGAAGGACAGCAUCGUCUCUAUUGGGUCUGCCGAACACGGGCCAGAUUCUGUCGGAGACACGACAUGGACCUCAAGCAGCAACUACGCAUGGGACACGCGAUUACUGUUCAGGCGUAGAAUCACCAACCUCUAUGUCAGCGUUUCAAGCCUCAAAAGCUAUGUCGAGAUCAACUACAGCGGAUUCAGGAAGAUACUGAAGAAAUACGACAAAGUUACCGACAGUCAGCUCAAAGACAGGUAUCUCCACGAUGUCGUUGACGAAUCUCGCCCCUUCACGCAAUCCUCCAGGGACACCCUCGAUCACACCCUCGCAGACUUGCAAAACCUGUAUGCGAAGUGCGUCUGUCGUGGCGACGCGGAAGCCGCGCGUAGGGAGUUACGCCUCCACCAACGCGAGCACAUCGCAUGGGAGCGAGAUACUGUUUGGCGCACUAUGAUCAACCAAGCGCGUCGUGGUGGUGAUGACGGAGUUGGACACCCAACGAUAGUUGCAGAUGAGAAGCCGUCUGCGGUGGUCAGCGUCGGAAAAUUACAAGUGUCGAAGAAGAUGAUCGCGGCCGCGAUCUCGGUGCUGGUUGGUCUCGUUCUUCUCAACGUCCAGGUCGUAGAGGGGGUGGCGGCCAAUCGGUGCUUGGCAAUUCUGGUGUUCAGCACCAUUAUGUGGGCUACAGAGGCCAUUCCAUUAUUCGUGACGUCGAUGCUUGUGCCUCUCCUCCUGAUCACCUUGCGAGUGAUUCGAGAUCCUGAAGACGAGUCCCGUCUAUCCCCACCGGCGGCUACUAAAUAUGUAUUCUCAGUCAUGUUUUCGCCCACUAUUAUGCUCCUUAUCGGUGGAUUCACAAUCGCGUCUGCGCUCAGCAAAACCUCAAUAGACAGGCUCCUGAUCACGAGAGUACUAAGUCUCGCUGGUAGCCGGCCAAGCACGGUUCUGCUUGCGUUCAUGGGCGUCUCUUGCUUCGCUAGCAUGUGGAUCAGUAACGUAGCUGCUCCGACGCUCUGCUUUACUCUCAUCAAGCCGAUCCUUCGCACCCUACCCGGCAAGACCGCUUUUGCUCCUUGCUUGAUCAUGGGAAUCGCGCUCGCCGCCAACAUCGGUGGCCAGAGUUCCCCAAUAUCGUCGCCGCAAAACCUGAUUGCCAUCGGAGAGAUGGAUCCUCAAUUGGACUGGGGCAAGUGGUUUACCGUGGCCAUACCGGUUUCCGUUGUUUCAAUUCUCCUAAUCUGGCUGCUCCUCCUCGCGUCGUACCGCCCGGCACGGCACCCCGAUGGCGAGAGCGAGCUGGAAAUCAAACCCGUCCGCGCCGCGCGGGAGUCUUUCACUCUCCAGCAGUGGUGGGUUACCUUCGUGUGCCUGGCGACCAUCGGGUUGUGGUGUGUGGAGCACUCGAUCGAGUCCUGGGUGGGCGAUAUGGGUGUCAUUGCAUUAUUGCCCGUGGUGGCAUUCUUCGGGACUGGGGUGUUAAAGAAGGAUGACUUCGAGCAAUUCGCCUGGACUAUCGUCUUCCUCGCCAUGGGCGGUAUUGCCCUCGGCAAAGGCGUGACAUCAAGCGGUCUGCUGGAGGUAUUGGAUGAACUCAUCAGAGAUUUGGUGGAAGGGCUGUCGCUCUAUACUGUCGUCCUAGUCCUCUCUCCUGUCGUGCUUGUAAUCUCAACGUUCAUUAGUCACACCAUUGCCAGCGUCCUGCUCGUGCCUAUCGCGAAGGAAGUGGGGAACAAUCUCCCAGGCAAUCACGCCAACUUGCUUAUUUUCAUUACGGGCCUCAUAUGCUCGACCGGUAUGGGCAUGCCUGUUUCAGGUUUCCCGAACCAGACAGCGGCCAACCAGGAGGAUGAACUGGGACAACUAUACCUCUCGAACAUGGACUUCCUUAAGAAUGGUGUACCUGCAUCCAUCAUCGCUACACUGGUGGUCUCGACGAUUGGAUAUUUGCUGAUGAGGCUUAUAGGAUUAUAAGGUUUUUGAAUACACAUGAGUUGCUAGGGUCGUCGUUACCUGCCUUGGAAUGGAUAAAUUGCGC